CUCAGCGCGAGAGAGAAAAAAGCCGAAGCUACAAAGCUUAGCUUUGUGUAAUGACAGUUUGGCGUCCAGAUAAAUGGAGUGGGGAAAAAACGACUGCUGUUAAGGUAAGGUGUGGGAGGAAGGGUUUCCAGGGAGGCUGAGACUGGGAGCACUUUGCAGUCGCCAUUCCCGAUCAACCUCUGUUCAGUGUGGAUUUAAAGAUGUAGCCAAGACAGAAGAGGGUCAUCUCUUCAGUACUUCACCAUUCGUGCUCAGGCAUAAUCAGUGACACCUCACCGCCACCCUCUGCUAUCCUAACUCUGGAGCACUUUGACUCCUAACCAGGGCUGCCCAGUGCGUGACUUGGCCGUCCUCAGUCAGUCCUACCCUGGUUGAAGACACCACUUUGCUCAGCCAUGCUGUUCUCCCUUAGGGAACUGGUCCAGUGGCUGGGCUUCGCCACCUUUGAACUGUUUCUCCACUUGUUAGCUUUGCUGGUCUUCAGCAUGCUGGUUGCUCUGCGAGCCGACAUGUUCACACCCACACUGAGCUGGUGGCUGGUCUUCGUCCCGCUGUUUGCCGCCGACGGCCUCAGCACCUACUUCACGGCCAUCGUGUCCAUCCGUCUUUACCAGGAGAAUGAGAAGCGUCUGGCGGUCCUGCGGCUCCUCUGGGUGCUGACGGUGCUCAGCCUGAAGCUGGUGUGCGAGGUGCUGCUGUGUCAGAAGCUGGCAGAGCAGGAGCAAGCCAGAGACCUGUGGUUUGGCCUCAUCCUCUCGCCGCUGUUCAUCCUGCUGCAGCUGCUGAUGAUACGAGCAUGCCGUGUCAACUGAGAAGAGGCAGUUAGUGGUUGUGCUUUCAAAUCACCAAGCAGAGAGCAGUCUUCAUCUGCCAUUCGAGAUGUAAAACAUAACAACAGUGUAAUUUUUCUUUUGGCUCAUUGGCACCUUUUUAAAACAUAGCACUUUUUUUCAUUUUUUUUUUUUUUAGAUUUUUUAGACAGAUGUUUCAGGUCACACCAGAAUCCAGUUUUCUAUCAUUUGUGUUUCUAAUAGUGUGAAAAUUAACGAAACAUUUCCAAUGCUUACUGGAGUUAUAAUGUAGUAUUUUCAAAAAAGGGGCAGACGACCUAUUUUGUGCAUUACUAAAUGCCAAAAUGCACUGUAUGACCAAAAGUAUGCAGACACCCUCAUCAUAUACAUUUGUGCACAUUUGGUCUUGGGCUGUUUUUUCUGGUUUGGACCCCAUAGUACCAAUGAAUUUAAAUCUUGCUACAGUAUACUGUGAUAUUUUAGACAACAGUGUGCUUCCAACUUUGGGGCAACAGUUUGUUUUGAGGUCAUGAUGGCCCUGUGCACAAAGCCAGCUACAUAAAGAAGUGGUUUUCCCAUAGUUUGGAAGUCUUGACCUUAACCUCAUCCAAUACCUUUGGGAUGUAUGGGAACACUGAAUGCGGGCCAGGCCGUAUCACCCAACAUCAGUGACUGACUUCACUAAUGCUCUUGGGGCUGAAUGGGAGCAAAUCACUGAUGCAGCCAGAUUGUGAAAUCAUGUGCAAAUCCAAAACCAGAAGAGUGGAGGCUCCUCUGUUAUCCCUAAGGUUUGUAAAUGAGAACAAUAAUGUAUGAGAAUAACAGAAUGACGGCACACUUUUGGCCAUGUAGUGUGUAUAUAUAUUUAAUGGUACCUAUUGCUACAUUGAAGCUUUACUUGAUUCUGAAGAGUGAAUGGAAGUUGAUUGAAACUAGACGACAUUUGUCUCAACUUUUCUGACCCCUUUUUUCAUCAGGAUGAGUGUAAGUUGUUAUACUUUUAAGAAUACAAAGAUUUGCAGACCAUAUCAGAGCAGUAAAUGUAUAUUUGGACCUUGGUAGUGCCUCUACCAUGGUAGACAAUGAGCCACGAGAGAAAUUUAUUCCAGAGUUAUGCUUUAAUGCACAUGUGCACACAACACACACAAAUUAAAUGAACUGGUGAGACCGUAAGGCAGUAAUACCAAAGGCAAUUUUUGGAAACUUUCAUGGGUAACAGAGCCCGAGGAGCUGCCGCACUAUUGAUGAUUGAUGUUUUUUUUUUUCCCCCAAAGGAUGCAGUUGAUUGCCAGCAAAGUUUGGUUAGAUUUAUUACCUUAUGUCUCACUUUGUUGCCUGUUACUGGGAGUGUCACUCAUGCACUGUGUCCCCAAAUUGCCUUCUUUGCCAGCUCCAUCAGUGAGAUUGGUCUGGACAGCAAGACGCUGGUUCUGAAACUUGUUGUCAGCUUACAGUCUCACCGCAACAUAGAAGUGAAUGUGAUUUCCACUAGCAGGCAAUUGUGUGCACAUGUCUUCCCUGAAUAUUGCUGUUUAUUUGUACAUUAUGUAAUGUUUUUUUCCUACCUUGUGUAUGUACCGCAUGUAUUUUGCAUUAUAUUAUGUCUGUGUGCCUCCCUUUUAAAGUAAUUCCAAAUGUGAAAUUCUGUGUAAUAUGUAUAUGUUGAUUUUUUCUUUUUUUGUUUCUUUUUUUUAGAAGAAUUUCAUCAAAUCUUAUUUUUGUUGUUGUUAUGGCACCUUUUAUUGUCGCCUGUAUAUA